AUGUCGUGGGACACAGGGCAGCACCUGCCCCCCGGCAGGGCCACGCUGCAGAAAUCAGCAUCGAUGUACACUGAAAUACAGCGGGAGCGACUGGACGGUGGGAAUAUCCUGACUCACCCAGACUACAUAGAUGGAAACCCAGACCUCAUCAAACCUAAAAAGCUCCUAAAUCCUGUAAAAGCCUCGAAGAGCCACCAAGAGCUGCACAGAGAGCUGCUGAUGAACCACAAAAG